CUCGUCGCCAGGACGACGAAGUCAUUUGCAUACGGACGCGGCAUCAUGGCACCCAAGAAUACGGACGAGGCAAAGACGUCAACCGCUGGCCGCCAGCCGCGCGUGGCUGUGGUUUACAACGCUAACAGCAGUGUGACGAAGCGGCAUGUGAACUUGGCACAGUACCUGGCUGCAUGCAUAUCCCAAGGAGGAUGGUGUGAAAAGGUCCAUUUGGUGGCGAUCCCGACGCCACCACGUAAGUCCACCUCCGUCAAGAGUGCGCCCUUCAAAGCUCGUCGCCGUGACGGUGCUGUCCUGACGUCGUCGAAUGUCGUACACACAACUGACGUGUCCGUGCUCGUAUCCAGCGACGUCAUCUUCCUUUGCGUGGACAUCCUGCAAUUGAACCAUUGCGCGGGCGUAGUCGCAAAGGCCAUUGAGCUCCCCAAGGGAACGAAACCACAGCAGCAUGUGAUCGUGCACUUGGAGACGUCCCUGAAGCGCGAGGAAGGCUUUGACAAGACGCACUUUCCCGACAAAAUCGUGCUACACGGCGGUGCGUGCUUCGACGUCGUCCGCGACCUCAACGGCAUUCUCACCCCAUUGACCAACGGCUCCAUCUUCAUCGAGCGGCUGUCCAAGGACAAGGAACAAGCGCUGUUCUGUUUGGACAUUCUCCAUAGCUGUGCGUUGCAAAUCAUCAGUCGACGCAACCUCCGAGCCAUCCACUGGUCCAACGCAAUGCUCACGUCGCUGUACACGGUGUGCGCGCUGACCAACCUCUCCGUGUCUGAAGCCCUCCGAGACCGCAAGUGCCGCUUGCUGUACGCGGACAUGCUUCAUGAGAUUCUUGGAGUGCUGGACCGCGUGGCCAAGGACAAGCAUUGGUCGUUAGACCAGUCCGCGCACUGCUUCCUUCCGAUUCCGUCCAUCCUCGCGCUGCUCCCGCUGCCGAAUGUGCUCUUUUCCGGGCUCGUCCAGUUGUUUGAUUUUGGUGUCACCAGUGGUACGCUCGACGACGUUCCUCUCCUCACGGCGGACCUAGCGGACCACCUCUCGACUGAAAUCACGUACGAGUUUGACGACGUGUUGGAACUGGCAUCGCGGUACAACGUCCAGCUGACCACGCUGCCGCAGCUCCAGAAGCUGGUCGUGCAAGCCGCCAAGGCCAAAAAAGGGACGCCCGCCCUCAGCGCCGCGGUGCUGUACGCGACCAUCCAGCCGUCCGCCGCCAGUCGGCAGCACUCGACGUGGUUUGUGCUCAAGUUGUUGAUAACGAUCGUGCUUACGGCCGGGUUGAUGUACUUGCUCCGUUAACAAAAAGAAACGAGUCUCAUUCACUGUGGCUUGGUGACUUGUGGGCACCUUCCAGUCAUGAUUUUCGUGGCCAUGCAGAUAUAUAAGUAUAUAUUGUACUGUAUGUACAC